GUAAGUAGUUCGGUGAUACAGACUUCUUGUUCCUGCCCUUUGUUUUGAGUAUGCGGUACCUCGGAGAGUAAUUUAACAACGUCCUCGCUCACAACAGAAAAUUCAAACUGAGUAAAUGGGGAGCAGAAUCCUCACUAUACGUGUCAAACCUGGGAAUAGAGGAGUGGGGAAGUGAGAUGUAAAAGCUUAACAGGGAAAAGGGAUGAGGUUGGUUGGUUUGUUUUUUAGGAGCUUUCUUAAUUGUCUUUCAGUGCUAUGGCUUGAACUUUAUAAACCAGAUUAUAUUUGGUGCUGUCAGUCUUUUUGCUCCCUCAAAAAAACAAACCUAAACCACCCCAAAUUGGACAAUUAGAAAGGGGGGAGGGGGACCUUCUUCUCAAAAGCAUGAGGGGAAGAGAGUCCAGGAAAAAAAAAUUGCAGCAGCGCAGGAAUUGUUCCUACGUGGUGCAUUUUGUGGCUUCAGUCACUGGAACACACAGACGACUCCUGACAGUCAGUGAAAUAAAAGCCAUGAAUGAUAUCUAUUCAGUCACUUGCCAAUUUCUCUACAAGCAAUCCUUGCCUUUUCCCCAGGUGAUUUGCAGGGGUUUGCUCCUCCUUUAAUAAGAUGUGACAUGCUUCCUACCAGCCACCAUCUCCCCUCUCUGGAGGUGGGGGGAUGUGGCUGUGGUUGCAUAACUGUUGCCCUGAACAUCACACGUGUUCCCAAAGCGGAGGCUGUCCAGCUGACACUCCGUGACCACAGGAGCUGGAGCGGCUGUAGGCAGCAGUGCCCUGGGUAGCCAGCCAUGAUCGCCACUGGAGGCCUCCUGAGGAUCUCAGCUAGGAAACAGGAUCCCUUGCGACCACAAAGCCAAAUCCCCAAACGCAAACGUAAGGCCAAGAAGAAACGCAAGAAUGAUGUUGUGGUUGUGAAAGGCAAGCUCAAGCUGUGCUCUAUCUCAGGGCUCAUCGCCCUCUGUGGCAUCCUAGUACUGCUAGUGGGCAUCGCUUUGGCUGUGGUGGGCUACUGGCCCAAGCCCAGCCAGGUAUACAGAGAAGGUGGUGUCAGUGGGAACAGGCACCUGGCCCCUCAGGGCAGCACCCCCAAGAACCGCUCCCAGAAGAUGGAAGGGGCACAAGCAGAGAUCUACCUGGAGUCUCCUCCCAGAGCCAACUCCACCACUGCUACCAGCCAGGAGUUCCCGCAGUCCCGUCCCACUUCCUCAUCCCCCCAGGCUUCCGUGGGUUUCCUUUUCCGUCUUUUCUCAAGCUACUUGCAUUCAGACAAGCUGAAGGUGUUGGGCCCCCUCAUCAUGGGUAUUGGCAUCUUUCUCUUCAUCUGCGCCAAUGCAGUGUUGCAUGAGAACCGUGACAAGAAGACCAAGAUCAUCAACCUGCGGGACCUCUAUUCCACCGUUAUUGAUGCCCACAGCCUCCGGGCAAAGGAUGGAGGCACCUCAGCUCCUCUUAAUGGCUUUGUCAAUUACGUGCAGUCACGGGGCCUGGAGCUAAAGCCUGGUGGUGAAGGCCUGGGUGCUGCAGCUAUGCUGGCCAAGAGCUCUUGGCCACCGGGGCUGGCUGCCUCCCUUUCCCCACCCGACCUAGCAUCCUCACCACGGCGUUCCUCCUUCUGCACCUUGCCGCAGCCUCCCAGCCUGGCCGAGGCUGUGUACAGCAUCUACCGGGAGCGUGCUGCCCUUACUGGCCGCACCUUCACCAGCCCACCCUGCAGCCCACCAGAGAGCUGGGGCCAGCGCAGCACAGCCAGCUCCAUCGUUGGAUCCUCACUGAGCGCUUUCACCCUUCUGCCCUUGUCGCAGAGUGGCAGAGGGGGAGGCUGGCGGAAGCCUCCUGGUGAGCGGGGAGCCCAGGAAAUCCCACGGGGGGAGUUUGAACUGAGCUUGACUGACCUCAGCCACGUCGAGGGAGGCUACAGGACAAGGAGGCACAAGCUGGUUCUCAGGCGACAGAGCACCAGCUGCUUGCCUGAUGCCAGGCGUCCCCUUUCCCCUGAGUCACCUCGGUCUCCAGCUGUCAGGGGAGGCCUGGACUCCAGUCUCUUGGCAUCUUCUAGUCACUCCAAAUCUUUGGACCUGGGGGAAUCACCCCCCUUAACUCCCCCUGCCAUCACCAGGAUGGACUCCCAGAGCUCCCAGUCUGAGCCUUCCAGCAGCAAUAAGGGCUACAGUCAGCUGGAGGAGGCCGGCACCUCCUUGGAGUCAGUUGCCAACACCUCAGCCAGUAAAAUCCAGGACUGUGAGGAGGAACCAGUUGAGAAGAUGGACUCCCUCAAGGCUACCAGCAGAGAACAAACAGGGGAGCAAUCUCAGCAAACUCAAAGACAGUACACAAAUAAAGAGAAACUCUUUAUGAUUUCUAGGUCGCACGCUGCAUUAGGGCUGGAGGAUGGGGAGCUGGAAAGUACUGGCAUCUAAAAAACAGAGAAGGCGCGAGGACACCUUGCAACCCUUCACACCUUUCCCCCUUCUCCAUCUCUUUUAUGGACUUAGGAAACCAGUUUAUAUCCAAAGAGCUGCAGUAUGUCACCCUUGAAAAUUUGAAUUCAGUAAAUCCUGUAGAUGACUUCAGGAAGAAAAUCUUUCUGUCCGAUUGUAUGUUCCAUGCAAGCCAAAUUGUAUUAAAUAUCCACAGUCCAGCAAGUUCUUGGGAUCAGCUUAAUACAAUUUCGGACAGUAUAACCGUGCACUUUAAUUGUCUUGAUUUCCAAGUGCUUCUUCUCCUCUUAUUUCUUUCUUGCUGAUUUGCCACUAACUGCUUGAAAACCACAGGCACUUUCUUAAGCUCAAGAGCACCGUGGUCUUUAGAUUAAGAAAGCCCAGCUCACUCUUUGUUUUGGUUCAAUCACUAAAAAGUUUGCAAGGCCUUAAGGAUGACGUACCUUGACAAAGAAGGAGUUUGUUUAAAUGUUGGAAAAAUGACAAUUCAGAACAGAAUAGAGCAGAACAGAGCGCUGAUAAUUUAGUUAAAACCAUUAUGUUCCUGAAUCCAAAAUACCUACUACGAUGUGAUACUUUAUGAAGUAUUAUUACACAUGUAUUGACUAAUAGCAUUAAAAUAUUUUUUUUUUAAUAAAACAUUUACAAACAAAACUGAGAGACAAAACGUCCUUUAUUUUGGUAAGUACUUACGGAUACCACAAACCUCUGUUUUUGUACUGUGAAUGAUUAUAGAGAUGCUACAAGGCCAAAGGUUUGCUUAUGCUUUUAAGUGGAUAAUAGUCGUGUAGGAGUAAUUUCAAAACAAACAGUGGUUCUGACUCUGAGAAACUAUGCUUUAGUUCGGUCAGCAGAAUCUAUCUCUAUUUCUAACAGUGCUGCUUUGUGACAUCUGCAAAAAUGUGAGAUUUUAACAUGCUAAGGGAAAAAAGAAUUAUAGGUUUGACCUGUUAAAAUCAGAUUUUUCUUGAGUAACACAUCGAUCUCAAACUGUAGCAUGUUCUUUCAGGAAUCUUCAUUUACAAUUGUUGCUUUCAGCCUUUCUACUGUUCAGGUUUUCAUAUUCAUGAAAGCAUGUGCAUAAUUUUAAUUUUAAAGCAUAAUUAUAGUCCUGAAUAUAUCUGAGCUGUUCACCCUGUUGAAAUCAGUGGAAGUUUCUCAGUGACUUCAGUGUGGUGAGAGUUUCUUCUCGAGUGAGAAAAGCAUCAAGUUUCCUUAUGGCUGCAUUAUGUGUUAUAAUCUGUGGGCAGAUUUUUAGUAAAUUGAUGAGUUGUUUUAUUUUCAUAGCCGCAACGUGACAGGCGUUCUUUUAUUUUGUUAAAGCAGCUCUCUAGAUUUAGAUGCUCAAAAGAUUUCAUCAAUAUUUCAGAUUUUGAAUAUGGAUGCGUCAUUUCAUCAUACACAAAGAGAAACCGACAUUAAACAAAUAUGCUGUGUACAGGGGAAAAUUGUUUUUCUGUUGCAAUUAAAAUUUUUGUUAUGGUUUCAUACUUUAAAA